AUGGAGGACGACGAUUUAGUGUGCGAGUAUGAUUCAACCUGGGACACAGAGAGUGAUGAUGGAGACGACCCAGGAGAGAACCAAAUGCGUCUUUCAAACCAGGACAGAACUAAAUCGUAUUGGAAAUCAGGUUUAUGGUCAAACAAUUCCUCCAGAAACAUGAGGGCUGCGAAGGACAUGCAGAACUACAGACGAGGGUAUCCUAAUCUAACAGAUGAUGAAUGCUCAGAAGAAAGAAUGUUUAAUUUAAAAUUCUAUCUCAAUGAAUACCCCUCCUCCCCUGAUGACAUUUUAAUCGAGUCAUUUCAUAAAGAAUGGAGGACUGACUAUAAGAGGCUGGAGAGAGUUCACUCCUACAUUCAGUGGUUGUUUCCACUGCGGGAGCCAGGAGUGAACUACAUGGCCUCUGAGCUCACCAAGAAGGAGAUUCAGGCCUUCCGGGAGAGUGAGGAGGCCAAGAACAGGCUGGUAGAGUCCUACGAGCUCAUGCUGCGGUUCUAUGGCAUCCAGCUGGUCAACAAAGACACAGGCGAAGUCAAACGUGCCGACAACUGGAAGGAACGCUUCGCCAACCUUGAACGGAACAUGCACAAUAACCUCCGCAUCACGCGCAUCCUGAAGAGCCUGGGGGAGCUAGGCUUUGAGCAUUACCAGAGCCCACUGGUGCGCUUUUUCCUGGAGGAGACGCUGGUCAAAAAUAACCUGAGUAGCAUCAAGCGCAGCGUGUUUGACUACUUCCUGUUUGCAGUGCGCGACAAGCAGAAGCGCAAAGAGCUGCUGCGCUACGCCUUCCAGCACUUCGAGCCCAAGGACAGGUUUGUGUGGUGCCCCCGAAAGAUCCAGAAACAGCUGGAGAAGGGAAACGAAGAGGGAGCGGAGGAGGGCUGCCCGCGAGCCAAGGCUAGAGGAGGAGAGGCAGGGGGAGCUGAGAAGGAAGAGAAGGAUGUCACGGAGGAGGUGACAGAGAUGGCCAAGUUGACUGAUGAAGCAGUGAGUAGUGACCGAGAUAAGCAGGCCGAGGGGUCUUCUGUUGAUCCUCCUGGGCUAGCGAUCUCCUCAGAGGACUCUGAACCGCUGGGAAACAGGAACUGUAAUGAUACUGACAAUGUUGACAUGGACCAUUCAGGCAGCCCUGAGUCUGUUAAAGGAGACCACAGUAUGAAGGAAGGACUCAAAGAGAACAGUCAAGCCAAGGACAGCGUCCAGAACUCAGUCAAUGUCAAGCCAGCGGCAUCUGAAAUGGAGUCUGAGAAGUUGGCGCAACCGACCAAGAAGAAAAGGGAAGGUCACAAGGGCGUGCCUAGCAACAGGCGGGAGGAAGGCAUGGUUGUCCCCAACAACAACAACCACCACCACCACUACAAUCAGGUGAGCCUGUCUGUGACAUCAUCCCACAAAGUCAAGACUGAUGAUCCCAAAAAGGAUUCGCCCAAGAAGAAUUUGACCAAAAAGGAUUCCUCCAAAAAGCACUUGCCAUCGGACUCCUCAGAACGAGGUGAAAAACACCAAAGGACUGACUUUAGUGAUGUGACUGAUAACAAAGCAGUGCCAGUGGAUGGGAAGAACACAGAGAAAGCUUUAAAGGGACAGACAAAUGUAAAAGAAGUGAAAAAUGAAGUGGAGGUGAUGGAUGUGGAAUCCACCUACCAGCUAAGUUCAGACCAAGACAUGGGAUCUUCCUGA